AUGAACUCAACUAGGGACAGUCACGAGUGUCUUUUCUUGCAGACGUUUUGGGAUUAUAUUAUCCAUGAAUUUGGUGGUCUAGUGACUUGUCCCUUUUUCCCAGUCUUGCUGGCUUUCUCCGGCUACAUUUGCUUCAGUUUUCCAUUUGCCUUGCUUGAUGUUUUGGGAGAACAAUGCCACUUCUUCUAUAAAUAUAAAAUUCAAAAGAAGACAAGACCAACGGUAAAGAUGAUGUGUUUGUGUAUAUGGAGAAGUGUGUUCAACCACGUGGUCUACGUUCUUCCAAUGGUGAUGCUGAGUUGGGUCUGCAUGCCGCCGUUAGCAUUACCAUCUGAAGCACCCUCUGUGUACACUCUUUUUGGGGAGGUUUUUGGUUGUCUACUGCUAUUUGAUUUUCAGUAUUUCAUGUGGCAUGUAUUACACCACAAAAACAAGUGGCUGUACAAGAAGGUGCAUGCUGUCCACCACAAGUAUGUUGCCCCAUUCUCGUGGGCAAGUCAGAACCUCGGAGGCUAUGAACUAAUGGCGAUUGGUUUCUGGAGCAACAACAACCCCAUUGCAUUAGGAUGCCACCCAUUGACAUCAUGGAUUUGCAACUUGCUUAGCAUCUGGAUGUCUGUGAAUGACCAUAUUGGUUAUGAUUUUCCCUGGUCUCUUAGCCACAUCCUACCAUUUCGGCUGUAUGGUGGAGCACUGGCCCAUGAUUUGCAUCACCAGAGACCUGAAAAAAACUUUGCUCCUUUUUUCAGCCAUUGGGACCUAAUUUUUGGAACAUCAUGUUACAUUGAAAAUAGUGGGUAG